UUCUACAGUGACUACGACGUCCUAGACAUUUGACAGGUAGUCAAUUAGAACUUGACACACUUGCACACACCUUUUCACAUCGAACCCCCCCACCAACCAACUCCCACAAUGGCGAACCCCUACGAAGUCGAGCACAAUAUCAAAGACAAGCCCAAGUCGCGCAGCCAACGCCCCGAUAUGUCCUCCUUCUUCAACCAGCUCAACCAAAUCGAUACCAACUCCACGUCGGCCCGCACGCACAACAACCCCAAUGCCGUCCCUACCCCCGUCGACAUUGCAGCCGCCGAGCGUCUCCUCCAAGACCAAUAUACCUACCUUUUACAAAACUCCGACAACCCCAACCACCGCGCCUUCCUCGAGAACCUCGUCUCUGACGUUGAGACAAUGAUUGAUGACCCACCGGAGAAGGUAGCCGGCGUGCCGCAGAGUUACCUGGAUGAGUUGGAUCGGGUGCCGAAGAAGAGUUUGAAGAAGGAUGACAUGUGUCCGAUUUGUGCAGAGAAGUUCUUGGAUGAUGAGUUUCCGUUGGUGGUACAGUUGCCGUGCCAUAAGACGCAUCGGUUUGACUUAGAGUGCGUGGGCCCGUGGUUGAGGCUGCAGGGGACAUGUCCGUUGGAUCGGAAGGAGUUGAUGAAGAAGAAAGAGGUACCGAAGGUGGAGAAGGAAGAGGAAGAAGACUAUGAUGAGAUGUUUGCGUGAGGGCAUGGGUUGAAUGAUAAGAGGAACUGGGUGCAUCAGCAUGGCGUUUGCAUGGGUUUGAGGGUAUUUAUUGUAUAGUCGCAGUGCUUUGAAGGCUCGCAAAAUCCACGGUUGUGCUCAAGAGUACUUUUCCGAGCCCAAUUGAUUCUGGUACUCGACAUACUGUAAUGUGUUAGUGUAGUGAGGAUAAGACGCCUCUGUGACCAGAGUUAGCUUGUUGACCAUUGCAGCAACAAAUUCAUGUGAGUCCACAAGGAUUCGGUCUAGGAGGGAGACUAGACCAGCUCGAUGUCUCCAGGCUCAAAACAACAACUCUUCAGCCAAAAGAGAUUUUGGAGAUGGGAAACCCGCUCUUGUCUUUAGAAGCAAACCUCAUGUCUGUGCAUAAAGACCAAUUGAGGCCGCAUUGAAGCGAUGACUUCCCCAAAUCUCGCCGAGGUAGUCAAACAACCU